AUGGAUAUUGAAAAGGGGAGAGAGGAGGCUAGAAGGACAAAGGAAAGAGUCAAGGAGAAGGUUAUUGAUGAUUCUCGCCCUUUUGUUCCUCGAUUGCCAUUUCCUCAUCGACAAAAUAAGUCAAAGGGCGAUCAUCAGUCCAGUGAAGAGGCAUAUGUGGAAAGAAAGACUGUGGAUGUAGGGGUUGAAAAUCCGGGUGUUGAGAAUGAAAUAGAGAAGAAGGAAAACGGCAAGGAGAAGGUUACUGAUUCUCCCCCUUUUGCACCUACACUACCAUUUCCUCACCGAAUGCAGAAAACAAAGGUUGAUCAACAGUUCGGUAAGUUCUUUGCAAUGGUCAAGAAUCUUGAGGAAUUAAUCACUAAGAAAAGGGAUCUUGGUGGUGUAGAGAGAGUGGCUUUAACUGAGGAGUGUAGUGCUAUGUUACAAAACAAGUCUCCUCCUAAACUAAAGGACCCCGGUAGUUUCUCCAUCCCUUGUCAUAUAGGUGCUUUAUUCAUUGAUAAGGCUCUAUGUGAUUUAGGUGCCAGUGUGUCCGUCAUUCCCCUCUCUAUUUACAAAAAGUUGAACAUGGAAGAAUUAAAAUGUACCACCAUUACACUUCAAAUGGCCGACCAUUCUAUUAAAUACCCCUUAGGUGUUUUAGAAGACGUCCCCGUGAGAGUAGGUAAAUUUUAUAUUCCUGUAGACUUUGUUGUGCUUGACAUAGUAGAGGACACCCAGAUUCCAAUAAUCUUAGGAAGACCAUUCCUUCAUACUGCGGGGGCAGUUAUUGAUGUUAAGAAAGGGAAGCUAACCUUGACUGUAGGAGAUGACAAGGUGGCCUUUAACCUGUCUCAUGUGAUGAAAAGUCCAAUGCAAGAAGUGUCUUGUUCUUUGAAUACCUCUAUUGCUAAGUUGCCUCAUUCCAGUUCUAGAAAUCUUUCAAAUAAUGCACUUGGCUUGAAAAGGUUUGCAGGUGAUGAUGAUCCUGGAGAUGCAGUUGAUGCUAGUCCAAAAGUUGGAACAAGAGGUUCGGUACUCGAUGGCACCGGGUUUGGUGCCCCUGAUCGGUGA